AUGAACAAAAACCGAAGACCCGUCGAGUCAGCCGUGGCUGACAAGAGUGGCGCCCAAAGCGGACGAAUGGCCGCAACCAAGCGGUUGCAGAAGGAGUUAAUGGACUUUGUCCUCAAUUCGGACACAUCUAUGACCGCAUUCCCCGACGGAGACAACCUCUUCAGAUGGAUCGCAACCAUCACUGGACCUAAAGAUACAGUUUUCGAUGGCUUGAAGUUUAAACUAAUGCUCACUUUUUCGGCCAAAUAUCCAUCAAAGGCAUUGUCUUCACGUCUCUCACACUCUCUCACCACUCGUUGUCUUCAUAUUGUCUAUCAAUACAUCCAAAACCGAAGACCCGUCGAGUCAGCCGUGGCUGACAAGAGUUUGUCCCAAAGCGGACGAAUGGCCGCAACCAAGCGGUUGCAGAAGGAGUUAAUGGACUUUGUCCUCAAUUCGGACACAUCUAUGACCGCAUUCCCCGACGGAGACAACCUCUUCAGCUCGGUACUACUGACCAAGGGCUAUACAAAUAUACACUCGGCGGCCAUUUUUGUUGGUGCCCAGAAAAAAAAGUGCAGCCCCAUUCUUCAAUCGAUGCAAUCAAUGACCUCUUGUUUUGUGUCCAACAGAUGGAUCGCAACCAUCACUGGACCUAAAGAUACAGUUUUCGAUGGCUUGAAGUUUAAACUAAUGCUCACUUUUUCGGCCAAAUAUCCAUUUUGUGCGCCAAUUGUUGUAUUUGUUCUCUGCGGCCAAAGCGUCUAA